GUAUGAAAGUUUGGAAUUUGGAUGCGGAAGAGUAUGUGAUCAAAAAAUAAAGGAAAAAGGCAGUAUCGCGAAAGAGAAUGACGACGCUCCUUCCGGUGAACAUCACCGGCGGUCCCUCUGAAUCAUUACACAAACCCAUUUCUCCGGUCAGGUGGGCGAAGAAGAGUCGUGAUCUGGUUAUUGCUAAUUGUUCACAGAAAACCCCCAGCCCUAGAAGCUCUCAAGAUUUUUUCAAAAGUGGACGACUAAAUUCAGACGCAGUACAUUCACAUGAAGAGUGAGUUGCCGAGACUAAUUUUUUAAAAAUGUGAAUGGAAUUUGAGAGUUUUACUAAUUCAGGUGAGGAAGUGGAUAAUUUGGGGGUGAAAGCUGCAUUGUCCCUGCUCAUCUUCUACAAGAGAGAGAUAUCGCCAUUGUUGCCAAAGAGUUGCAGGUACAUUCCUACGUGCAGUGAGUAUUCAAUGGUUGCUUACAAGAAAUAUGGAUUUGUUAAGGGCACUGCUUUGACUGCCUGCCGUCUUUGUCGCUGUAACCCUCUGGGAGGCUCUGGCUUCGAUCCUCCGAGAUGGUUUGGCGAGACGAGCCCACCGGAACAGUGAAUGGAGAUGAAGCGGGAGGGGUAUUGUAGUAAAUUGUAAGCACUUGAGCUGAGAGCAAAUAAGACAUAUAGACCUUUUUUUUGUAGAUCUUUUGACUUACAGUCUGAUAAACAAAAA